AUGAAAAGCGUCGUUUUACAACCGGCCGAACGACGAUUUGUUCUCGGCCCAGUUCGGUGGCUGCUGCUGCUGCAGGCUGGGCUCUAUUUUCUCAUUGCCCCGCUAACCAGGCACUUGAACGCACACGGCGUGGACUCCGCAAUAUAAGAAUCUACAUCGACAUCCACAUUGGGAUCUCGGGAUCGUCUUCGUUCCGUUCCGUUCCGUUUUGUGCGCGGUUCCAUUCAAAAAGGGGCGAAUCAUCAUUUAAUUUGAAUUUUUUUUCAAUAAAAAAGUGCACAAAAAGAAAUUCAUAAUAAAAAAAUAAGAAUAAUAAUAAAACGAAUCCUAAAGCUACAAAUGUAAAUGGUACCCAUUCCACAAUACCCCCCUCCCAGUGCGGAGUGAUUCUUUGUGUGUUUGUGAGUGUGGAAAUAUGCAAAGAUUGGCGCAAGUUGCGAGGCGUAAAAAUAUUCAAAUUUCAUGUUGAAAUUACUGCACGCAUUUUUAAAUAAUCCAAUGCCAGCGGAAAAAGUGUACAAGUAAUCGGGAAGCAGGCAGCGGCUCUCAAAUACGGCAUAUAACGAAGCGCGACCCACGAGGCAUCUGCUAAUAGGAUUACGCAUCACCUCCGGUCCCGACAGUUGUCCGGAUUAGCACCAACAACAACCGCAACAGCCAGAAUAUCCGCCAAGUCCCUUCUUCAACAGAGGACACAGAUUAAAAGACUUCGACCUUGGUCUUCAUCAUGCGAAUGUGUUCGUGCCCUUCGUAGUCGCAUUCCAUCCCUUGACAGCUCAACAAUGUGGACCUACAUGAUGGCUGCCGCCCGCGGAGAUCGGGUUAACUCAAUGAUGUCCACCAGAAGACGCCCCGAAACCGAAUCCCCAAAAUACGGAUACAACCUCUCCUCCCGCCCCAUGUACCGCACCACCCGCUUCGUGGGACCCGCCUCCUCAGCGCCCGCCCAGUUGCAGCUGCCCCAUCAAUCGCACCACCAGCAGCCAGGGGCGUUGCCGGCUCCACCUCCACUCGAAGAGAUUAGCGGUGGCUUGUUCGCUCCGUUUGCGCCAACCGCAGCGAUUUCUGUCGAACAGGCAGCCAGCUCGAUUCCCUUGGGAGCGGAAACCGAUGAGCGCCUGGAGGUGCAUCAACUUCAUUAUCCACGCAGAAGUUGGCAAAGAACCCAUCGCCAUGGAAAUCAGGUUGAGGUGGAUGACGACGAGGAUGACGACGAGGAUGAUGAUGAUUUCGAUGGGGCCGAUGGUGAGGACAACCAAGAGGAAGUCAUUGCUCCGGCUGACCUGCAGCAGCAUCGCCACAAACACCAUCAGCUGCAGAACCAUCGCCACCAACGACAACAGCAGCAGCACCAGCAGCACUCCAGUGAUCCCAGCUACGUGGAAAACGGCAGAAAGCUGAUACAGGAGCCCAGCAAACGGAGCAAACCGUCGGCUUUGAGGCGAACCCUGCAGGCGUUGCGGCAACGUCUGACCAAACGGAAUCGACCAAAGCCGCCCGACUGGUUCCUGGAGAAGUUCUCGAACGCCACCAACACGGACAAGAUUGGCAAGGGCUGUCCCAUGAUGGACGAUGCGGCCCUCUCCAGCGAAAUUCGAGGCAGCAGUGCCCUUUGCAACCGUCUCUCCGUGGACCCCACACUCCAGUCCCAUUACAGGUGGCUGGCUGUGGUCUCGCUGGCCGUGCUCUACAACAUCAUAUUCGUAAUGGGUCGUGCCGUCUUCUGGGAGAUCAAUAAGAGUGCUCCUGCGGUUUGGUACACUCUGGAUUAUCUCUGCGAUUUCAUCUAUCUGCUGGAUACGCUUGUUCACAUGCACGAGGGAUUUCUGGACCAGGGUCUGCUCGUACGGGAUGCCUUCCGGCUACGAAGAAACUACUUCCACACGAAAGGCUGGUACCUGGACGUGCUCUCGAUGAUGCCCACAGAUUUGGCGUACAUCUGGUGGCCGCCGGAGACUUGCAGCAGCUUGUACCUGCCGUGCCCGGUAAUUGUGCGACUGAAUCGACUGCUGCGCAUCAACCGGCUCUGGGAGUGGUUCGACCGAACGGAGACGGCCACCGGCUAUCCGAAUGCCUUCCGAAUCUGCAAGGUGGUGCUGGCCAUCCUGGUGCUGAUCCACUGGAACGCCUGCAUGUACUUUGCCAUCAGCUACGAGAUUGGCUUCAGCUCCGACUCGUGGGUCUAUAAUCUGAAUGGCACGAGGAACAACACACUGCAGCGGCAGUACAUCUACAGCUUCUACUGGUCCACUCUAACGCUGACGACCAUCGGAGAGACACCCACUCCCGAGAACGAUGUGGAGUAUUUGUUUGUGGUGGCGGACUUUCUCGCCGGGGUCCUCAUCUUUGCCACCAUUGUGGGUAACAUCGGUUCCAUGAUUUCCAAUAUGAAUGUGGCCCGCGUCGAGUUCCAGAACCGCAUGGAUGGCGUGAAGCAGUACAUGGCCUUCCGCCGCGUGGGUCAUGAGUUGGAGGCGCGGGUGAUCCGCUGGUUUGCGUACACCUGGUCCCAGAGUGGCGCCCUGGACGAGGAACGAGUGCUGGCCGCUCUGCCGGACAAGCUGAAGGCGGAGAUUGCCAUCCAAGUGCACAUGGACACGCUGAAACAGGUGCGCAUCUUCCACGACACGGAGCCAGGCCUACUGGAGGCCCUCGUGCUCAAGCUCAAGCUGCAGGUCUUCAGCCCCGGCGACUACAUCUGCCGAAAGGGAGAUGUGGGCAAGGAGAUGUACAUCGUGAAGCGGGGCAAGCUGUCGGUGGUGGGGGACAAUGGAAUCACCGUGUUGGCCACCCUGGGCGCCGGCUCCGUCUUCGGGGAGGUGUCCGUUCUGGAGAUUGCCGGCAAUCGGACGGGCAACCGACGUACCGCCAAUGUCCGCUCCCUGGGCUACUCGGAUCUGUUCUGCCUGGCCAAGCGGGAUCUGUGGGAGACGCUGGCCGACUAUCCCGAGGCCCGGUCCACCCUCACCCAACGCGGCUGCCAGCUGCUGCGUAAGGAUGGACUCCUGGACGAGCAGAUAUUUUCGGACUCCCAGCGCGUGCAUGACAGCAUAGAGGGCGGUAUCGAGAAGUUGGAGCUCUCCGUGGAGAACCUCAAUAUGCGCCUGGCCCGACUGUUGGCCGAGUACACGGCCAGCCAGGCCAAGAUCAAGCAGCGACUGGCCAAGCUGGAAAUGAAUGGCGGUGCUGGCACAUGGCGCUUGGAAAGCGAGCCACAGACCCGAGCCCGCAGCGGACGUCUCUACUCGCUGCAGCCCAAGCGGCGCCCACGUUCGCGACCCGACGCGACUGCCAAAAGUGGCGAGGCUGCCAAGCAGAACACGCUCUAAGUCCCCCAAAGACCCAUCCAAACCAGACCAACCUCCGCCCCAGUGUCCGCCGGAAUAUAGUGAUAAAUGCAUUAAAGUUGCAGAAGCGAAGAUAGGGACGUUUGGCCAGGGGCAAAAACUGUAGUUGAAGUCAAAGUUAGGGGCAGGUAAAUCAAUUUUUAAUUUUUACAAUUAGUUUUUAGAGAAAUGGACAGGAUUAGGGGGGUUGGCUGAGUGGAAGAGCACGACAGGGAAGGGAAGUGUAGAUAACUUUAUAAAUUUAUAAAAUUAUUCAAAACUGAAUGUGCCUCAAAGUUUGUGUGUGUGUAUGUAUGUGUGUAAUGAUGGAUAGGUUAAGGGAUGAGAGAGAAAGCAAGCCAGAGAGAGGGAGAGAAACAGAAGUGGUGGCCCAGGAUGAGUCAGGCGCGUAUAAAGCUAGCCCCUUACGAUCCAAUGUACAUAUAUUAAGUAUAGUCAAAUUUUACAAGCGAACAAACGACUGUUUGCCUAGGCUAGGAUCAUUUUUUUACAAUAAACCUGAUGGGAGGAUUACAGGAAAAGGGCAUCCAAACUGUAAACAACUCCAAUACAAUAUAGCGAACAAACAACUGACCAACAAGAGACAUUGCUGAACUACCUAGAACAGGAAUAGAGAAGAGUCUAAUGAUAUGUAGACGGGGAUCAUGAGUCAGAACUGCAUUUCCUGUAGAGGACACCACAAUUUCGCUUUAAGGACAACCCCAAACAAAAAAAAGCCCAAGCGACUUCAAGGAAAACGUUAACAAAAAGCUUACAAAGCUACCAAACAAAAACAAGGA